AUGACUUUAAAUCUCAGCUUCCCCCUUUACAGAAUAUAUGACCACUACAGAGACGCCCACUACGCCUUUGGUGAAGAGAUAACGAGCAUCUUUGCCGGAUUGGAGCCUGCCAUCAAGGCCUUUGGAGUCGAACUGGAUCAAUACAAACUCUCGGACCCAAUCAAUAUGGCUCCCUUUCCUGAGGUGUUGCAUGCAGUGGCAACAACAAGUAGUAGUCGCUUCAGCAGUGUAUUCAAGCGGCUUGAUGACCUAUCCCUGAUCAAGGAAAUGAUAUCCGAGAUUCGUGCCGCCAGUAAAAGUAGAGAAAGCAGAAUGCAGCAUACCAUACAGGUCCAGCGUGAUGUUUCUGUAGCUCUCCACAAGACUCCUGCUGGCUCUGUCUCGGAACCCGAUCUAAAGAAGGCACUUGGUCAAAAGCCAAACCAGAUCCCAGAUAACCUAGAGGAGAUUGUUCGUCAGAAACAAGUGGAACUGGAAAAAGAGAUGCGGGCUCGUGUCGAGGUCAUGGUAGAAAAGGAGAAAGAACUGCAAGAGAGGGUAGAGCAGAUGGACGCAGAGAUCAAGCGUCUUGAGCGACAAAACGCAGAACUUGAUCAGAAAAUGAAAAAGGAGAUUGAUGAAGAAAGAAGUUUACGGGAAAAGGAAGCAAAUCUGGCUACUGAAUACGAGAAGAAAAUUAAAAGCCUAGCCAACGAGCUAGCAGAGCUCCACCAACAAAAGUCCACAUACGAGCAGAACUUUGCCAUUAAAAAAGCAGAGUGUGAAGACGAGUUACACAGCAUUCAGCAGGCGCUCUUGAAAGUCAAGACUGAAUUGGCCCAGGUGUCCGCUGCGAAAACCACUACACAAACGGAGCUAGAGAGUGUAGGGAAGAAGCGACAGCAAAAUGCAGAAGACAUAGUCAACUUGGCAUCGCAGCUCUCGGAGGCAGGCCCUCUGAUAGAUAGAAACAUUAAGAUAUUUGAGUAUGUGAUGGACAGCGGCGAAGAGAUGAUAUCUUCUGCAAUCCAUAGGUUAAUGAAGACUGGAUCACGUGUAGAGAGCACAGAGUUCGAGGGCACUCGAGAGUUCACCAUGCCUCUCACAGAAAACUUGCGGGGGAUUGGUGAAAAUAAAGAUUCAACACAUAGUGAGAGAUGCUUGUUGCUUGAUAAGCUUAAGCAAUCAGAUCAGGACUCGGCACAGCAACAACAACAGCAGCAAGUACCUACAGAUGGAAGUGGAGCAGAAAAGAAGGCAGAGAAAUACGUCAUUCCCAUAGAGUAUGAAGCUGACUUGUCGAAGAGCCAGGUGCCGGUUGCAGACUGGGCAGUGGAUGCCCUGCUCUCAAAGUGCAUCAACCAGUCAUCUAAGAUCGAUCCUGACACGGUAUUUCAGCCCCCUCAACAGAAAGUCACAGUAUAUGAACUCUUUGGAAUAAGCAACCAUCCCUAUGACAACAGAACCAGGCAAACACAGAACUGGUCCACUGACAAACUAACACAAAAGGAGAUAGAGCUUUAUAACGCCAAGAUGGGGUUCUCUGCCCAAAGACCCCAUUCCAGCUACCAUAAAUAG